AUGCAAUUUCUUCCCGAGGCAAUGCCUAAGACUGAAGACAUUCAAUAUUUAUUUUCUAUGUUGGCAAUUGAUGACAUAAUUCUUAAUUCAAAAUCUAGUCAAAAUUUUACUCCUGUUUCGUCUCCCACUGAUUUUCUUGGUUUAAACCCGGAAGGUCCGACAACCAUUAAAUGCACCGAUAGUAUACCUUCUGGGCUAUAUCCUAUGCCAAGAUGCAUAUCAAAUGUUAUGUGCAGUUAUAAUACUCCACUUUACGAUAUUAAUACAUUGUCACAUUAUCGUUCAUCAAGACGGACAAGCCAUUUCGCUACUUUUUUUUCUCUCCACGUUGCGUUUGAUAUUAUAGUUUCAAAGAACACGAAUCCAACAUACCCAAUGUUUCUACCGGCAGAUGAUCCAUUUUAUAAUCCAAAUUCAAAUUCCACUAUGUCUCCAUACCAACUUAAUGUACCUUUUUUACCGGCUAAUCGAUCUGAUGGAAAUAAUAACACUGAUCCAACAACGCGGAACCCUCUUUUUAGUGGAAUAAACAAUGUCACUCCAUUUCUUGACCUAAAUACUAUUUACGGAAUUAGUGACCAGGACGCGAUAGACAGGCUUAGAGAUACAUCUACAAAUAGAGGAAAGUUGAAGACGUCUAUUGUCAACGGCCAAGAAUAUCCUCCAAAAAAUACUUCGAAUGGUUCAUAUAUUUGGGGUUCUUCCGGACUUGCAGUUAAUAUAUUUAAUUUGGCUAUCCAGACGAUCUGGAUACGUGAACAUAAUCGAAAAUGUGAAGAAUUAUAUCAACAAUACGGUAGUUCCUGGACGGAUGAACAAUAUUUUCAGGAAGCUAGACGUUGGACUACUGCUUUCUAUCAAAAAGCUGUUGCUGAAGAAUAUUUUGGUGCUAUUCUUGGUCGUCCUUUACCAGCCUAUCAAAAUUAUAAUCCAAAUCUUACACCAGGAAUUGAUACAUUCUUUUCAACUGUUGCAUUUCGAUACGGCCAUAGUGAAUUAAGUGAUUUUUACCGCAUUCAAGAUGAAUACGGAGAUACUCUUUAUAAUUUAGCUUUGAACGAUAUUAGAAACCAAACACUUUUAGAACAAUUUGGUCUAGAAAGAGUACUUCGAUCUAUGAUUCUUCAACGUCAAGAAGAAGUUGAUAUUUUUUUGGUUGAUUCAAUUAAAAAAAUUCUUAUUAACAACAAUACUUAUGAUCUAGCAGCUUUUGAUAUUAUAAGGAGUAGAGAUCGUGGCAUUCCUUUGUAUAAUGAGAUUCGAAAGUAUUUUGGUUUUCCUAAAGCUCAGUCAUUUGCUGACAUUUCCACAAACCCUAUUAUCCAAAAAAAUUUGGCUAAAAUUUAUCCAAAUGGAGUUGAUACUGUAGAAGCGUGGGUUGGAAUGUUGAGUGAAGAUCAUUUAAAUGGUUCAAAUUUUGGCAUGAUUUUAAAUGCAAGUAUAGUGACGCAGUAUACAUAUAUUAGGGAUUCUGAUAAGUUUUGGUUCGAAAAGCCUGAUAUGUUUACUCCUGAUGAACGAACUAUCAUACGAAAUACUACACUUCGAAAUAUCAUAAUUCGUAACAUUAAUGAUAGUGGAAAUUUCCCACAGAAUAUUUGGUCAGUUCAACCUCAAAUGACACUUAACAAUAGUGAUGAUAGUAAUUAUCCAACCAAGAUUAGCACUUGGAGUCAAUAUAUUGUGAGUUGUAGAGUUGAUAUGACAUAUGUGUAUUUCAAAGUUCAGCUUCAAACUUCUGAUGGCAAUGGUUGGUUUGGAAUGGGGUUUAGUCCAGAUGAUGAUGGAAUGAAAGGUGCUGAAUUUAUCAUUGGCAUUGUUACCAAUGGAAAUGUCACAUUGGGAAAUUAUCAUGCCGACAUAGCUGGUUACCAUCCUCCCUUAUAUGAUUUCGAUCAAGAUCCUACUCUUGUACCUAAAUUUUCUAUGUCUGAUAAGAAUGCUGUGACCAUAGAAUUCAAAAGGCUUCUAAAUCCACCGGGAAGAAAACCAAUUACUCAUGGUGAUAUGAAAUCAGCUUUUUCUCGAUUCUUUUGUGUUAAAUAUGAGACUGUUGUCGAUAAAAAUCCGAUACUUACUCAUAUUGGUCAUGAUGAUUAUGUUAAAUUACCCAAUUUUACUUGGGAAGAAAUUAAUGAACGAGUUCAGCAUGGGGCUUAUUUGGUCGUUUGUGAUGGACUUGUAGUUGACAUCCGCAGUUUUUAUGAUUCCCACCCAGGAGGAACUAAAGUAUUGUUACCCGCUAUUGGUACAGAUAUUACAAAUGAUUUUUACAACACACAUGAAAAUAAAAUUGUCGAAGUUACAGAUUCUUCGGAACUUUUAUCAAUUCCAAAAGAUAUAACUUCUAAAAAGUAUUCAUCUGUGCUUGCAAAACAUAUUAAUCACCUUCAAGGAAAGCCAGAACCUAGAAUAAAAAUGACAGCUGCCAAAUUUAUUGAUAAUAUUAACGUAAAUUUUUAUUCGAGAAAACCGUUGGCACAACAUGCUCAUAGCAGAUUUGCCAUACAGAAAAUGACGUCAAUGGUUAUAGGCAAAGUAAAUGAAAAAAUGAGUGAAGAAGGAAAUAACAUCAAAUUUCACCGUUAUAGGCUUACAAGCAAAAAAAUGAUUAAUGCAAAUGUUGAAUAUCCUGUGAUGAAGUUUACAUUUUCUAACAUGCAUCAAGUCGAAAAAGAUGUUUAUAGUGAAAAUUUUUUACCUGGACAUUACAUUGAAGUGCAAUCUAGAGUAAAUGAUCAAAUUGUUAUUAGAAGUUACAUUCCUUUGGAAGGUAGCUUAUCCAAGUCAUUUACCAUUUACGUCAAAAUUUAUCCAAUGGGACUUUUUUCACAACAUUUGAAUGAACAACUAUUAGGAUAUGAAAUUCAAGCACGUGGUCCAUUUGAUGUUUGUGAUAGAGCAUAUUUGGCACCUACACUAGCAGAGUCGUUAAAUUCUCGUCUGAGCAUUUUACCAUCCAUAAAACCUCUUAUUCCUUACUCCAAACUUACUGGAACGUCAUCUACGGCAAAAACUUCUUUAUUAAAUCCAGAUAGUCCGGAUGGUUGUUGGGAUGAAUUAUAUAUGAUUGCAGGUGGUACCGGAAUAACACCAAUGCUACAGUUAAUCAAGUAUCACUUGGAGCGGUCGAUAGCACAAGAAAACGACAUCAAUGAAUAUGAUAAACACAAACGAAUGCAUUUAUUAUUUGGGAACCGUAAAAUUGAAGAUGUUAUCGAUGGUAUAUUUCUUGAAGAUCUUGCACUUUCAAGUCAAGGACAAUUAACUGUAACAUACUGUCUCUCAGAGCCGCCUUCAAAUUGGGAUGGCUUGCAAGGAAGAAUUAAUAAACAAAUGAUACAAGAUUGGAUGAAUAUGAUGCGGGGUGUAUUCAUCCGGUCUCCUAACAAAUCUCAGAAGAGCAUUCUUCAUAGUCAUUCUAUACGUCAUGACGCAAAUGAGCACAACUGGAGUCAUUCACCAACGUUAAAGCCUCAAUCACUAUACCUAGAACCGAAAGUAUCAACAAAAGAAUCAUCACUUAAUAUUGAUCCAGAUUUAGCAAAUUCGGAAAAAAAUGAUAAUUUGAUACAAGGAAAGAUUAUUGUUAGUGGUCCAUCUGGUAUGUUAGCUGCUGUUGAACAAGAUCUUCUUGAGAUAGGAUUUAAUGAGAAAAAUAUGAUUAUUCUGUAUUAG